AUAAGUUAGUAAAAUACAAUCGAUAUCAAUAUCCGUUGCUAGCAUUCUCAUCCACCCAUGGCGUUCACCGUGCCCAUUGGGAGUGGCGCGGCGAUAAUCCCCUGCGGCAACACUACCGCAACCACUCGCUGCACCCGUUUCUUUCCUUCGUCAAUUCGAACGCCAAGCAAUCACCUAUACUUGGCGUGCCCGAAGAAGUUCUCCUCUGAGUCGCAUCGUUUCCGCGCCGUAACCGAACCGCAGGCCACGGCGGAGAUCGAAGACGAAGAGCCCCUGGACGAGGAAUUUGUUGCCCUUUACAGCAAAGUGAAUGACUUUCUCCGGGAAGAACCGUAUCUCUGGGAAGGACCGCAGUGGGACUUGCUCGGUUUCUUCGUCCAGUAUUCCUGGAUUAUUGGCUUCGGUGUCGCGGUAUGUGUUUCUCUAUAUGGUUGUCUUACAUAUCAGGAACCACCAAAAGAAGUGAGGGAAGAGAUGGAAAGAAAGUAUGGAGUGAGGUCUGGAGUGGAGUCCGGUGUGGAGUCUGAUGCAGAAUCGGGUGCAGAGUCCCGUGCAAACUCCAGUUCAGAAUCCAGCGAUGUUUUUGAAGAAACUGAUGCAUAUGACUCUGAUGUAUUUGAUUCCAAUCCAACAGAGGUUGCUCCUAGUUUGGAUUAGAGUCUUCAUAGACACUGCAGAUUGAAUAUGCCUUAUUUUUGGCAUAUCAAUGCAGACAAAUGAAUUCAAGCUUUUUCUGAACUAAAUUUGUAAGCAAUGCUUCUACAUACUUGUACACCUUUUUAUAGUGUAUCACUUCUGAG